AUGCAUUCACAUUACGAUGACGAUAGGGAAGAUCAAGACAUAAUGCCGGAUUUCGGAGAGCACGUCGACAAUGGGAUCUUUGAGCAGAUCCUAGAGAUGGACGAUGACGACAAGCGCGAGUUCAGCAAGUCUUUGGUCACCAACUUCUUUGACCAGGCCGAGGAGACAUUUGUAAAGAUCGAGGAGGUUUUGAACAACAACAAGCUCGACAACGGCAAGAGGCUCGAGACGCUGUCGAGUCUGGGUCAUUUCCUGAAGGGCUCUUCAGCCACUCUCGGGUUUAACAAAAUCAGGGAUUCGUGCCAAAUUAUCCAACAAUACGGCCACAAGCUCAACGUCGAUGGAUCUGCCGAGCCCAACGAACAGGUCUGCCUGGACAAGAUCAAGGCUGCCCUCAAGACCGCCAGGAACGACAAAGACGUGCUGGCGGAUAUGAUGUUAAACGAAACACACGGCUUCUUCCAGCCAGAUGACGAGUAG